AUGGGUUGGUUUUCGUCCGAGUCGCCGAAGCCCGCCGGCCCAAAGCCCUCGUCCGACGGCGCCUUCGAAGCACCCGACCGCUCCCGUCGCGCGCAAUGCUGGGAAGCUCGCGAUGCUUACUUCCGAUGCCUCGACCAACACAACAUCAUCGAUAGCGUUACGAACAAGGACACGGCGGCGGCGCAAUGCGGCAAGGAGGGACAAGUGUUUGAGCAAAACUGCGCCAGCAGCUGGGUGCAAUACUUCAAGAAACGCCGAAUCGUGGACUACAAGAAGGAGCAGACGCUGAAACAGCUCGAGGCCGAAGGCGCACAGCCGCUCCCGCAGAGCCGGGCAUAA